CACUGUCGAUCGUCUCCCGACAUGGCGUCUAUCCUCUCGCGGGCCUCCCGUGACUUGGCUCGCGCCGCCCGCCAAGUCUCGUCGGCUGCUCGCCGGGCAGCGCCGGUGACCAUAGCUCGCCCAGCCCCCUCAGAUCUGCCGAGCCGCCGCCUGUCCGUCCACAGCGGCGCCACCGACGCCAACAUCCCCGGCUACACCAACCCACCCCCCGACGAGCCAGUGGAAUUCGUGGCUUCAGACAACGACCUGGAAUCUGACGAGGCCCUGUGGGCGCUCUACGAGCGCUGGUGCGAGGCUUACAACGAGGAGCGCGACCACGACGAGAUGGUUCGCCGGUUCGACACAUUCAAGGAGGCUGCUUUCAUGGUGGACCGCGUGAACAAGGCCAAUCUGCCCUACACCCUGAAACUAAGCCAGUUCGCCGACGGGAAGCUGGCAGAGUCCGUGUGCAAUAAGUGGUGUGGUGAUAAACCUCGCCCUGAUCCCGCAGCUUAUCAUCGGGAGGGUGAGUUUUACAUCUAUGAUGAUGGCGGAGAUGAUGUGCCGAAAUAUCCCACGAUGAGGUUCCUCUUCUGUGAACGUGGAGGUCCCAUCAUCCCCUUGGAAUGAAUUGAUCAUCCCAUUAGCAGCAACCCUGAAUAAAGUUCUGCGUGUAUGGUGUUAUACAUGCUUAUUUUUACAAUGAUGGGCGUUUGCACACGCUGCUACCGUAGCGAUUGUAAGGCUUCGUAAACCUUGCUGUUGUAAUCUCGCUGGUUCUUCAUGAUUAGGUUUGAUAACCACCAACU